UCCAAAUGUGAAAAUAUGAUUUGUCGUCUUAUAUCACCACCUCAAUUUGAAUCUACACCAAGUUAGCCGGAUUUUGUGUUUUGGAAGUUAUAUUAUAUUUUUGAUUCUUGCUAAACUAUAUACCUACAAACCAUCAUGAAUGUUUAUUGUGUGAUGAUAAGUUUUCUUUUAAUUUUUGGUGUUUUUGGAAGUGUUCAACAAGCAUUUGCAAGAAGUUUGCUAUUGCCUGCUUCAUUUGGAAAUGAUGCUAAAGCGUAUUUUGAUAAUCAAGAAAAGCUCCUGGACGUGCGAUUGCAAGAGGAUUCGUCCCUGGACCUUCUAAACAAUAUAGAACAAUUAUUUGUUAUGGUCAAAACCAAAACAACUAGAGGGAAAAGAUAUAUUCAGCAACGUAAGUAUAAUCUAACACCAUGUUUUUUCAAAAUCUGCAACAUGGGCAGGAAAAGAGUGGCCCAUCAUAAUCUGUAGCUGAUUGUACCCUUAUAGAAGAAGGUCCAGAAGUGUCUAUUUCUGGACAUUGAAUGUUUUUUGUGUAGUUUUUUUUUAAAUUUAAACUAGGUACUUAUUAAAAAUUUGUAAAUAUUAUAAUUAAUUAUUAUUAUUAUAUUAUGUUCCUACCCAAUUUAUUUAUUUUUAAUUUAUAUACCUACUAAUCAUCAAAUAACUUAGUAUUACUAUUAUUACUCUUGACAGUAUGCUUUAUCAGUUAUUAAUUUUGGCCAUUUAUGUAGAGAGGCUUCUAGUAUAAGUAUUUAUAUUUUUUGUAUGAAAUUAUUUAAUUUUGUUUUAUAUCCGUUUUAUACAUAUUUGCAAAUAAAGAUUAAUUCUUUGUUG